AUGAUAAUCUAACCAUUGCAAUAAUAAGUGAUCAUUAACAAGGAUCAAAAUAAUUUUCAAGGAUUGACAUCACGUCAAAAAAACAAUUAUCGUGAGACUACUGUUGUUCAUAAGAAAUAUUCAAAACCAAAAUAAUUCUCAACCCAAUUCCCAUAAAUCAAAAAGGAUGAUACUCAAUAUCAAUUCAAAAUGUUUCACCACGUCUAAAAUAUGAAGAGUGCUCACUACCAAUCCAAAUAUACCUUAUCGAUGGGAAUCAUCCCUAAUCUUAUUCUGCACACCUACUUCGAUCAGAUUGUAUUCUAUGAUAUGGCCAAGUUGAAAUCACAAUCAGCUAGGAUAUCCCUUGAAGCAAUAGGAUUGGAUGUUUAUGAAAACAUUUGUGCUGUGGCUGGAAUGAAUGGAGACCUAUUGAUGAUUAAUCUCUACGAUGGUACCCUGUAUAAAUAGAACAUUAAUUUAAAAAGACACUUUAUAAACCAUGUGCAUUUCUAUCAUGAUUAUCUCCUCACUAAUGAUAACGGGGGUUUUAUUAAGAUCUUUGAUUAUUAAAAUGGACUCAAGGAAAUAUUUUCAUACGAAGACAAGUCCUCUGUCAAUCUCACUGCUGUCAACUAGAAUAAACAAAUAGCCUAUUGUGGAGAUCGAUUAGGAUUGAAUGUCCUAGAUGCUUAGUCUGCUAAGAUGAUACAUACCUUGGAUCCACAUACUGAAUUUGGUUUUGCUGUUGCCUUCAAUCCCUGUAAAGGUUAUGAACUUGCUUCAUCAAGCGAGGAUGGAUCGGCUGUCAUCUAUGAUUUGCGUUCUCCCAAACAUCCAAUUUAAUAGUUCAUAGGCUCAGAUUUCCCAAUCUACAAUGUAACAUAUCAACGCAAUGGAACUCACUUGUUUAUUGCAGAGUCUAAUUCUUAUUUGCAUAUAUUGGAUACGUAAACUAUUUGUACUACUAAUUAGCACUCUUUAUGAUACUGUCUAAAAGAUAUAAGUGUAUGGAGAGGUCUCAGGAAUAGUUAAUGACAUUUAUGAUGAUAAUAGAUUCUAUUUCAGCACAAGUUGUCAUUAUGGUGAUGGGAUAUGCGAAUUCGUUAAGUGA